CUGGACACAGUUACCUAAAUCUGAAGAUAUCAAGCGAUUUACUUUUUUUCGUAUCUCAGUUUCAUCUUGACAUUUGGCGGGAGAAAAUACGAGGACCAAACCCGAAGACAACCGCAUGUGCAGAAAGCGCGCGUAAAGGGAGAUCAAUCUUACGAAGCAAAAAUGACAGCAAACGCGAAAGCUGACUCCAAAGAUUUGUUUCAAUAUUUAGCAUUGUACGACGAAAACAGCGAAGAUCAUGAAAAUUUCGUGCCUUUCUCGAUGGGAGCACCUGGAGCAGAAAGUCUUGCAGGAUGCAACCAGCUGUUAGAUAAAGCAACACGCAUCUUAUUGUCUGACGAUGGGGAAGAGAGGUUCACAUUUCAGUAUGGGCCGUGUAAAGGGGACCCAGGCUUCUGUAGGGAGAUGGCAAAAUUUCUGUCUUCAGAAUAUGGGCAAACUGUCGGCAGGGAAGACAUUAUGGUAACAGCAGGUGCCACUCAGGGCCUGCACCUGGUUGCCACGGUGAUGUUCAACAAGGACAUGCCUGUGUUUAUGGAGGACCCAACCUACUUCAUUGCUGUGAAGAUCCUUAGGGAGGACUUUGGAAUGAAUAUCAUACCAGUGCCAACCAACAGCGAAGGUAUCAAUGCAGAGAAGCUGGAGUCAAUGCUGGUCCAACACAAGCCAACCUCCAUUGCUGGACAGAAGACUCCGUUCUGGGGCAUGGUCUACACAAUACCCACCUUCAAUAACCCAAAAGGCUACUGCAUGUCUCCAGAGCGUUGCAGAACGCUUAUUCGGUUAGCGCGGAAACAUGACGUCCUGCUGUUCACAGAGGACAUCUACAACAUGCUGCAUUAUGACGACAGUCCAGUAUGUCCACCGAGACUGAUGUCGUAUGAUAAUCACACGGAUGAAGAUUUCCAGGGUCAUGUUCUCUCCAACUGCACGUUCUCAAAGAUUCUGGCCCCUGGACUUAGGCUGGGCUGGAUUGAGGCGCCCCCUAGGAUUAUGAAGUAUUUAGAAAAAAGUGCUACAGCCUGGAGUGGUGGGGCAUUUAACCAUUAUACAUCAAAAGUGAUAGCAUCAGCCUUGAAGGAAGGCUUGAUAGCCGAGCACUUGAAUAAGCUCAGGAAAGAAUAUAGGGAGCGCAUGGAUAUAGCGUGCUUGUCCCUGAGGAAGUACUUGCCCCAAGACGUGAAGGUAGACUAUCCGAGGGGUGGCUUUUUUAUCUGGCUGGAAUUACCUCCCUCCGUGGACACAAUGCUGCUUCUGAAACUGGCUGUGGAGAAGUACAAAAUCAACUUCAUAUUUGGUGCUAGCACUUCUCCCACUGGUGGUUGCAGAAACUGCGCCCGCCUAUCAAUCAGCUUUUGUGAUAAGAAGAAAAUCGAGAAAGGCAUCAUUGCAUUCUGUGAGGCCCUGCAAGGGAUGAUGGAAACAAGCAAGGGGCAGUAGCCAAAAAUGUGUUCACUUAUGCCUCAGUCACAAAUAAUCCGGUCGCCAUCCGAUGUGACCGAUCUCCAGGCAUUGGGAAGACAUGUCCGAGCCAUUAAAUUAAUCCGAUGUCGGGCGAUGGCUGGGCGAUGACUGUAUGUUGAUUGUCCGAUUUUUCUUUUUCGAUCUCAACUGGAAUCGUUCUGGGGCCCGACAUCGGGAAUUUUUUUUAAGUGGGACUUGCAAUUUAUCUGGACGCCGCCCGAUGCUACAUGACCUUGUGUCCGUGUGAUCAUCGACUGGGCGCAAGUCUGAUGAGCAUAAAAAUAUGUUGUCCCUGAUAAGACGGUGAUCUGUCUCUAUUUGUGAGUGAGGUAUUAGGCUGUUUUGUGGUAUUGUAUGUUGAGUCUAUAGGUUAAAGGUCCAUUAUUUUGCAGACAUAGAUUAAAUCUGUUCAUUGUGAAAUAGCUCAAUCUACUUCACUUGACAGUGUUUGGAUUUUAUCUUGAUGUUUUUAUGCCCCCGGAUCGAUUGAUUGGGGGAAUAUUGUUUUUGGCCUGUCUGUCUGUCAUUCUGUCACUCUGUCAUUCUGUCCCAAAACUUUAACCUUGGUUAAAGACAAUAACCUUGGUUAAAGUUUUGUGAUAACUUUUGCAAUAUUGAAGAUAGCAACUUGAUAUUUGGCAUGCAUGUGUAUCUCGUGGAGCUGCACAUUUUGAGUGGUGAAAGGUCAAGGUCAUCCUUCAAGGUCAAAUAUAUGGCUUCAAAGCGGCACAAUAGGGGGCAUUGUGUUUCUGACAAACACAUCUCUUGUAAGUAUUCAAGCAUAGCACAUAGUUUGCAGUUCUGUUUUCUAUGGAAAAAUCAGCUCAAAAUAUGCCAUGCCUGUUAUAAUGGAGGCAUGUUGACAGUACAUAAACAAUUACUUUAACAGAAUCAUCUAUUUUUUAAAGGUUUAAUAUCAAAGCAUUGUUACACAGUCUUGACAGUAAAGCUUAUACAAUAGCCAAAUGGAAACUGCAUAUUUCUUAAGUAUUGAAACCGAUUUCAUGUCAUUUUUUGCUGGUGUCAGAAAAUGAAAACUGACCAGUAUGAAUAUUAGAUGCAUUGUUGCCCUUUUUGUUUGUGCUCAAUAUAAAUAACAUUUCUUGAUGCAUAAUUAGCGUAUGGUAGGUUGCAUUUUCAUAUUACCAUUUAUUUGAAGGAAUUUAAUUUGCUAUCUUGUUUUUAAAGUAAUUGAAAAAUAUAUUUAAUUACAACUUUAGUGAUUGUUUUAAUUAUUGUCCCAUUUUUAUAUACCAUUUAUUAUUAUUGCAUUUGUUAGUUUUGUUAUAAAUUUUAUUAAAAGUUUAUUUAUACUUUUUUACAACCAGAUAUUUGUGUAUGCAUUACACUUCUAAUGAAGUUUCUUAUUAAUUCUUUGUUAAAAUAUUUUUGAUAAAUAUAUAUAAACAAUCCUUCACAAUCAUUCAUAAUUAUUUGUUUAAAAAUUAUUUUAUUAUUAAUUAUUGGAAUAUACUCUUAAAGUCUCUAUAACGCUCAAAAUCAAUGAAAAUUUCGUUAAGUAUUUCGUAAAAUAAAGUUAACACCUAAACGAUCAGUGUUCCUUAUAGCAAUAGUCAAAAUUUCAACGCAAGAUGUGGUAUGAUUACAUAGAUUUUUGUAGAUACAAAAUGCAUGUUUUUAUUUAUUUGUGGCCACAAUUAAUUCCCGCGAAUAUAUCUUUUCAUAUGACACACGAACACCAUUUUAAUGUUCAUGUGUCGUAUGAAUAGAUAUGCAAAACAAUAAUAAAAACGAGCAUUUUGUAUCUACAAACAUCUAUUUUACCAGACCACAUCUGACGUUGAAUUUGGCAAUUGCCAUAAGGAACACUGAUUUUUAAUUGGUUAAGUUUAUUUUACGAACAAUUGUACGAAAUUUUCGUUGAUUUUGAAUAGAAAUGUUACUUCAACCAACAAUCUGUUGUUGUAAUUGCCAAAGUCACUUUACAAUGCUCUCAUGUAUAAAAUAAUAUAAUUUAGCACAAAAAUACAUAUAACAUAUUCACUCAUAUCUGUUAGCACUUGUAUGUUUUUGUAAACAUUUCACUGAAUGCCACAGUCUCCAAGAAUUCUUUGAUGUUGUAUUUCCCGUCGCUGUCAAAUUCUAGCUCCUCUAGGAUGACCUUUGCUUGUUCACGGUCGAAACCUUGACCUGUCAGGCCUGUGUAGAAACAAUAACAAUCAAUUAAAGUCAAAGGAAUAAAACAAGUUGUUGGCCUCUAUGCACCAAAUAAUUCUUAGACUUACGAAUUUUCUUUAAAUUUUGAAUAUUCGUUUGCUCUAAUUUUAUGUCAAACUUAGUUUAGUUAAAACCUAUUUAUUUUAGCUUGAUUGCAUCGAAAGCCUCAGGCUUAUUGAAAUGGUCUCGAGUCUGUUUCCUGUCCCUAGAACAAGUACUCGGUGUCUUCGUGGAGAUCUACAGAACGUUCUCACAGUGGGGAUCGAACCCGUGACCUUCCGGUUGCUAGGCUGACACCAUAUCCACAACACCACGGCGACCUUUAAGUCAAACUGGACAUUAACUUCUCUAUCUUCAUGUAGAGCAUUUUAUUAAUGACAUUUUCACCAGUGGUGGUUUAUAUAUAUUAAAACUGAGGAUGUGCUUUUAUUGAUUCUAAGUUUUUUCUUUAUUCAUAAGUCUUCAGAAUUAUUUUGUGAAUGCAGUCUCUUGAUUUUCCUCUGGACAUUUUGUAAGUAAGCGCAUAGAUAAGUGUUAUAAAAAUACAAAGGCAGUUUAUUAAACUCUUUUAGUUAUAGUUUGAGUGUUAAUGUAAAGACUUUGAAGUUACAUCGUAUAUUUAAGUUUUCAUUUUUAAUCUUCCAGUAUUAGUAGCGACUUGUAAAGGACUGGGCAUAUUUUAUAUGAGUGGUAAAUAAUGGCUUCUGUUUGUUUACUAUAUUGAUUUACUUUAUCAAAUAACAUUAAACAAACAACAAGA